GGCUAUGCUGGCUUGAGUUGUGAUUCUGGUGAACAAAGAUGGCAAAGAAGAAGAAUCCUUUAGUUUUUAUGGACGUGUCGAUAGAUGGUGAUCCUGUUGAAAGGAUGAUUUUUGAGCUCUUUCCUGAUAUUGCUCCCAAGACUGCAGAAAAUUUCCGUGCCCUUUGUACAGGAGAAAAGGGCAUUGGUCCUAAAACUGGAAAACCAUUGCACUACAAGGGUUCCUUUUUCCAUCGUGUCAUUAAAGGUUCCAUGGCCCAGGGUGGUGAUUUUGUGAGAAGAGAUGGAAGUAGUGGGGAAAGCAUCUAUGACGGGAAGUUUCCAGAUGAAUCACCCUGCCUAAAGCAUGAUGGACCUGGACUUUUAUCAAUGGCAAUUACCAAUCGUGACACUGUAGGUUCACACUUCAUUAUUACCUUCAAGGCUAAUCAUCAUCUUGACAGAAAGAAUGUAGUUUUUGGGAAGCUUGUGCAAGGAAACAAAGUGCUGAAGAAAAUUGAAAAUGUGGGUGAUGAGGAAGGAAUACCAACUGUAACAGUGAAAAUAAUUAAUUGUGGUGAAGUCAGUGAAGAGAAAAGGCAAAAUAAGUUGAAAACGGGGAAAGAUGCUUCUUCUGAUGCUAACUGUCAUGAAGUGCGAAGGAAGGUCAGGCAUAAGAAAUCUUCAAGAGACGAAAGAAAGAAGAGAAGAAGACAUUAUUCUUCUGAUUCAGAGAGUUCCUCAGAUUCUGAGACAGAAUCAUCUGAAUCUGAUAGUGAUUCUGAGUCAUCUCUGUCAUCAUCCUCCGACAUUAGUUCUUCGAGUGAUGACAGGCGUAAAAAGAGGAAGAGAUCGUCAAAACGAGAAAAAUAUAGGCGUGGCAAAAGAAGAGACAGACGACAUGAUAAAAAGAGAAAAAGGCAUGAUAAGAGAUCAAAGCGUAGAUCAAAAAGGGCUUUGGAUAGUCUUACAGAUGAUGACAAUGAGAGUAAAAGUGAAAGAAGCACUGAUGAUGAUGUUGAUGUGCGAAAAACACAGAAGCAUAGAGACCUUUCUCAGAAAAGCACUGGGAGUCAAUCCCCUUCAGCUGUAGAGAAAGAAAUUCAUCACAGAAAAAGGGAAGAGGCUGAUUUGCUUGUAAAGGAGCAUGAAGCUCCCAAGGAAAAUGGAGAGCGACAGAGCAAUGGCAUUGAAGAAGAUGCUAAAUCUGACAGAAGUGCAGAGAGACAGCCCGAUGUGGUAGAUGAUCACCCAAGCAAAUCUAGGAGCCGGAGCCGAAGCAUGAGUCCUAAGAGGACCAUGAGUAAGAGUAUGAGUAUUAGUCCUAGGAGGAGUCCAAGCCGGAGCACAAGUCUUAGCCCAAGGCGAAGUGUGAGUAGGAGUCCACCACAUUCUCCGGUUAGAAGUAUAAGCAGGAGUCCUGUUAGAAGUAGGAGCAGGAGCCCUGCUAGAAGCAUCAGCAGAAGCCCAUUGAGGGGUAGGAGUGGUAGAAGCAUCAGCAGGAGCCCAGUUAGAGUACAUUCUCAAAGAAGUGUUAGUAGGAGCCCUGUAAGGUCCCGGUCCCGAAGAAACCUAAGUAGGAGCCCACCCAAAUCAACUAGAAAAUCAAUUAGCAGAAGUCCUGUUAGACUUUCGAAAAGAAGUGUAAGUAGAAGUCCUGCAAGAUCUUCUCGGAGAAGCAUUAGCAGAAGUCCUGUAAGAUCUUCUCAGAGAAGCAUAAGUAGGAGCUCUGGUAGGGCUCCUCCUAGGAGAAGCAUCAGCAGAAGUCCAUUAAGGGAACCAAGUAGGAAUUAUCGUCAUAGUUAUUCAAGGGGCCCCACCCCUGUACGAAGGGUAAGGUCACCUCCUUCUGAUGGAGGUAGACGUUUAUCAAGGAGCGUUUCACCUGAUGCAUCACGUAAGCGCAUCAGAAGGGGUCGGGGUUUCAGUGACCGUUACUCCUAUGCACGAAGAUACAGAACCCCCUCUCCAGAUCGUUCUCCUGUGAGGUCCUAUCGUUACGGUGGCAGAAUUGAUCGUGAGAGGUAUUCUAGUUACAGGAGGUAUUCACCUAGGCGAUAUAGAAGCCCACCAAGAGGAAGAACUCCUCCAAGGUACAGAGGCAGAAGAAGCUGGACACGAAGUCCAUCCAUAUCACCUAGCCCUCGGUACCGUAAUCGUCGAUAUAGUCGUAGCCAGAGCCAUAGCCCUAGCCGUAGUCGAACCCCUAUUCGCAGCCGCUCUUCAGUUGAUGCAUCCAGAUCUCGUGCCUCUCCAAGGGCUGGGAGGCGAAGGUCCCCUUCUAGGAGCAGGAGCCGAUCUGAAUCAAGGUCCUUGUCGGACUCUCAGUCUCCAAAGCAGGCAAGCAAAGCAAGGUCAAGGUCAUCUUCUGGAAGUCCAGAUGGUAAAAGGGGCCUGGUCUCUUAUGGUGAUGGUUCACCUGACUCACAAAGGUGAACUAAGUUUUUGGGGAGAUUUUGGUAUUAGUCUUUUAUGAGCCCAUCUUCUCACGACGGACUUGACUCUACCAAAUUGUUGUUUCCACUUUGUUGUUGCCAGAGGUUGUGGUUAGUAAUUAAAUAUCUGGUAUUAGUAUUUUCGAUCUGGUUGUUGUUGGUCUCCUUUUAGGAUAUUUUAUAAAUAAUGAAUUUGGAUUACGUUAGGGAUAGGAAUCUUGUUAAAUUGUUAGUGCAGUGUCCCUAUGAAGUAUGCUAUAGAUGCGUUUAAUUUAUCAGAAAAUUUUAUCUACAAAACUGAGACGUUAACUCUGGUGAUGAUCGGGAAUCUGUG